CGGUCACGCUGUCCCUAUUUCGACUUGUCUAAUACGCUGCGGGAUUUUUUUUUGCUCCUAUUACUACGUUUUUUUUUGUUGUCGUAAUUGUAAUUUGAUCGUCGUAUUGCAAAAUCCUUGCACAUUAACGAAAGACGAAAUCAUCAACAAGAACCUAACAAACGGGCAACGUGCAAACUCUGUAUUCAAGUUGGAAAGUGUGUCUUCCAAUUGCUCCCAAAUAAUAUGAAAAACUUUUUGCUUUCCUCUAUGUGUGCGUGUGUGUCGGUGUAUGUGAGUGAGGUGUCGGUGUGCGUGUGUUUGUGUGCGCUGCACAUAGAGCGCAGCGUUCGUUUUUCGUUUGAACUUUAAAAUACAAAAAAACGCAAGCAGCAAGUACAGUUAUAGCUUCAAUAUAACAAAACCACUAAGAAGAAUAAAUUAAACAAAUUUCGAAAAAAAGCAUGCAUACGCUGCGAGCAAUUUGGAGCUCGAUUCGCGCUUUUUAAAAUCAACCAAAAAAAUAUUUUUUUAAAAAACUACUCUCAAAGUGUGAAUUUUGUGUUCAGUGCAAUCAAAAAAGCCAAAAGAGCAGCGCAAGUUGCGCGAAAUACUUGCUACACAUUUUCCCAUCCAUUAUAUACAACGAAAAUCGGUAAAAAUCACACACACGCAUAAUACAUAUGUACACAUUGUUUGUUGUAUAUGUGCGUGCGUGUGUGUGUGAGCUCCGCGUUGCGUUUUUUGCGUUGAGAAUUCUAGCCGCCGAAGACGUGUGUGUGCGAGGCGAAAACAACAACAACAGCAAGAGAGGAGGUACAACAAAAACAGUUUCAACUAACACAAACAACAACAACCCACACACAGUCACAAUCGUCAUGUUGACACUCUUACGAGCUCGGGUUGCACUUGCAUAGAAAGAGAGAGAGAGAGAGAGAGUGACAGUGGGUGAGAGAGAGCUACCAACUCCACAUUGAUAUGGUGUAAUCACGCAUGUAACCGCACGACUAGCACAAGGACUAGGCACAGGACUCGGACUCGAACCCGGACGCGGAUCAGGACUACGAACAGUAGUGUAACUUCAGACCCUUCCCCCCCCAGUCACCCCCUUUGUCGGGGUAAACAAAACCCAGGAAGAAGAUGCCGCGCUUUCGCAACGAGGAUUCGAUGGAAUCGCCGUAUCGCGAUGGCGACAUCGUUUGGGUCAAGAUACACAACUCGGAGAUUUGGUGGCCCGGCGAGGUGACUUCAGCGCAGGACUUUCGCUUCGCCAAUUCGGCUCGCCGUCCCUUUGCCGUCGUUGAGUUUUUCAAUGAGAAGACUUACGAGCAGGUGAGCUCGUCAAAGCUGAUUUAUCCCUUUCACUGCGCCCACAAGCGAGAGUUCAUCAAAUUAGGCACAAGACGAUCCGUUGCCCAGGACAUGAAGGAGAAGUUCAACGAGGAUGUGCGGCAAGCAGAAGGACGCUGUGCCGGAAAAAGUCCCGCAGCAGCAGCAGUGACAACAACAACAGCUGCAGCUGCAGCUGCAACCUUGACUGUGGCAACAGCCUCCUUAGUGCAUCCUCCCAUUGCAUCGAUAUCGACAUCGACAGCAGCAGCAGCAGCUUCGUCAAUUGCCACAACUGAAGCUGUUGGCGUCGUCGGAGCAUCGACAUCGACAUCAGCAGCAGGAACGGCGGCGGCGGCAGCUUCGCGACCAGAGAGUUUAAUCAAGGCGCUGUUGUCGAACAACAACAGCAACAACAACAACAACAACAAUGCGAACGUCAACGUCAACAGGGUCAACGCCAGCAGCAAUCGCAACCGAGGCAGCCAAAGUCGCAGCAGCACCUCGAUGCCAUCCACGAUGAAUGACUCGUCGAUCAGGAUUAUGGAUAUCGGAGCGAAGGCUGCCGCCUAUGAGCGACCCGAGGGACGUCUGACGGAGCGGCACUACGAGUGCAACAUGUGCGAGUUUCGCACGAGCAGCAUGAACGUGCUGCUCAUCCAUCGGCGCACGCACCAGGAGCCCAACACCAACAGCAGCAGCAACAGCAGCGGCAGCAACCUCAAUCGCCAUCAGCAGCAGCAGCAACCGCAGCAACAGCAGCAUCAUCCUCAUCAGCAACAGUUGCUGCAGCAGCGGGCGACGCGACGCGCCAACACAUCGUCGACGAGUCGCGAGGCGUGGUCAUCGCUGUGGCGCUGUCAGUCGCGUCAUGUGUCCAUACUGGUCGAUGCACCGCUCACCGAUGCGGAGCAGCGUCAGGUGGCAAACAUUGCCCAGCUGACGCUGGCGAGCAUUGAGCGUGUGGUGAAACCGCUGCGCGAACGCAAACGUCACAAGGAACGGGAUGGCGACGGGGCUGAGGCUGAAGCUGAGCCUGACCCUGAGGCUGACAAUGGCAGCGAGAAGGAUGGCGACGCAAAGGGAGACGAAGGCGAGGAGGAAGAAGAGGUCGAGAGGGAAGAAACGAGUGGUGCGGAGCGUGAUCUGGAGUUUGUGGAGCAACAGCAGCAGCAACAAGAGAGCGAAGCAACCAACGACAGCAGCAACAACAGCAAUGCAAUGUUGCCACAGCAACAGCAGCAACAACAAGAACAAAGUGCACGCAAUCCGCGACGCAAGCGGGGACAUCAGCUGCGAUCGACGAUGCCAGCGCCGCCAAUUCCAAUGACGCCGCCAGCGAAACAGCGGCGUCUGACACGCGCCGCCAGCCGUCUGCUUGAGAGGAGCAACACGAUGCUGAGUGUGAGCAACAACAACAACAGCUCGAUGGACUUGUCCUCGCCUGUCGCUGUCUUGGCGCCGCCGCCAACGCCUCAGCGACGCGGCGCCGGACGACGCUCGGCGGCUGCCAACAGACGCUGCACCAUGUUUGCCAGCUCAACGCUCAGCAACAACAGCAGCAGCAACAACAGCAACAGCAAUGGCAUUGGUGGCAGAGGCGGCAAACGCAGUAGCGUCAUGCGCAAAACCUUGACCAUGACAACAACAACCAGCUCUACGUCAUCUGCAAUCCCUGCGUUGUCGCAACGUGGUCGCAAACGCGCCUACUCCCCAACAGCAGCCACAAUAACCGCAGCAACUGCAGUCGAAGAGGCGGCUGUCGAGGAGGAGAAGCAGCAGCUGACAGUUGCCGAGAAAGAGAAAGAGUCAAGAACAAAGUUGGAAGUGGAGCCAGAAAAAGAGAAGCAGAGAGAAGAACCGGAGACGGUGACAACAGCCAAGCUUUCGCUGGCGGAUGCUUCACGUGAACUGCAGCGGAGGUUGCUCGCCGAAUGGGGUGAAGAUGAGCUGGAAGAGGAGGAAGAGGAGCAACAGCAGCUGCAGUCUGUGCAGGCGCAGAGCAAUGGACAACAGGAGACGACAAAGUCUGAGCAAUCCACAAAAACAACAGCAACGACCGCUGCUGGCGAUGAUGAUGAUAAUGUGGAGCAGAUGGAAAAGAAGCAGCGACUGCAGGAACAGACUCCGAACAAUAUCACAGCUACUGCUGUCGCCUCCAACACAGCUGCGGCUUCGACUUCGACUUCCACGUCGAAGAAGCGCAUACGCAACAUACCAAAGAAGGAUCGACGCGACGUGGUGCGUCAGGAGUUUGAUGUGGGCGCCAUAAGUGAACACGAUCGCGAACCCGAAGAACCCAUUCUCAUACAGGACAGCUCCAACGAUGCCAGCUCCAACGAGAGCGUCGUCUUUGUCGACUCCGCCGAGGAGCCAGACUUGGUCAAGACUGGAAGUGCAGCCACAGCUGCUGCAACUGUUGCAGCUCCUCCAACUGCAGCUAGUGGCAAACACAACAAUUCCUCGUCGUGCUUUGACUUUGCCGAGGAGGAGGACGAGGAGCCACCUCUGCAGCCGGACGCUGCGCCAGCGGACGGACAGAACGGCGGCGGUUUGAGCUACAGGCGACGCACCAAACCGCAACCAACACAUGUGCUGCUGGCGAAUGGCGAGCAACAGCAGCAGCAGCAGGAGGAAGAGGAGGAGAUGACGACGACCGAGAAUGAUUCGUCGUUCAACAAGUCAACCGAUGAGAUUUUCAAGGGCUUCAACGAGGAGUCCGAGGUGGCUCCAGCUGCGCCAGCUGCCGAGGCGGAACUGGAGCAGCAGCAGGAUGGAUCCGUUGUGGAUGCGUUGGCGGAAGUGCUGGAGACGGAGGUGGAGGCGGAGGAUCAACUGAGUUUGCCCAUCAAGGAGCGACAGAAACGCAUCUUCAAGUCGCGCAACAAAUCACAGCAAGCGGCAACAGCAGCGAUGACGACGCCGCCGACGCCGACGCCCGACGAUGAACAACCCGACGAAGACGAUGAUGAGGCGGAAGCGGAGCCAACGAUUGCAGCAGCCAAUGGCGAUGGCAACAGCACAGGCACAAGCAACAGCAGCAAUCACAGUCAGCAGAACUUGAAUCACAACAAUGUAGCUCACACCAACAACAACAAUACGAACAAGUUACUCUUGCAAACGGAGUUGGAAUCGCAACGUCAUCAUCGUCGUCACAAGACCAAGUCGGGUGGCUCCACAUCGAACUCAUCGAAGUCGCGACGUGCCAAGUCCAAGUCGAAAUCCAAAUCAAAAUCGAAAUCAUCUAAGUCAUUAGUUGUCGACGAGGUCAACAACUCGAACUCCAACUCCAACUCGAAUUCACAGCUCAGCGGAAUCGCUUCGCCAGCUUUGAGCAGCAGCGCCAGCAACAGCACCACGACCACCCAGAGCAGCAACAGCAGCAGUGGCAGUGGCAGUAGCAGCAUCGCCAGCGGCACCAACAGCAGCUCCAUAGUCUCCAACAUGGCUGUCAUCUCAGCGGAAGAAGCACGCGAACUUCAGCGUUCAGCGCCCGCCUUAACCGAAGAUGGCGAAGGGGAAACGGAAGUGGAAGUAGAAGCGGACGUAGAAGUGGAAGGCGAAUGUGUUCCUGAUGUGGUGGCCACGCAGUCGAGUAAAAUUAUCAUACUGGAGGACAUAAGGUUGCCCAAUCUGUACUCGUUGCCGGGCAGCAGCCUAUCGACGGACAACAGCAGCAAUCACAGUCAGCUGUUGAAUAGGGACAGCAACCCGUUGCCUGAGCUGAUGCAGAAAGGGGAUGAGAAAGAUGAACAAAAAGUGACGUACGCUGACGAAGAAGAACUUCCGGGAACGUCGACCAGCAGCAGCUGGAACCAUCGUCGGGAGCUGAAGCUGAAGAAGCGCGAACAGGAACUGUUGCGUCAGUAUGAGGAGGAUUUGAAGAGCGGACGCAGUGCGGAAAAGUGCCGCAAGGCACGCGAACGCUGGACGCGACCGAAUCGCAGCAGUCGCCACAAUCAUCUCGAUGCGGAGGAGACGGCGCUGCUCGAACAAAUCGUAGAGCUGACGACGCCAACAACAUGCCGGGGCGGCGUCGGCGGUGGGAAGCGUGCAAACAGCUUACUACCCAUAGGGAAUGCCGCAAAUCGACGCGCGCCACGACAUCAGGCAUCGAAUAAAUCGUGUGAAGCGUUUGUCACACUGCGGGACGAGGAUGUGGCCAGAGCCAGGGAGCAGCUGGUCCAGUUGCAGCAGCUAAAGCAGCGACGUAGUGAGGAGGCAGAGAAGUUGGAACGGGAACGGGAAAGGGAAAGAGAGCGGGAGCUGCAGAGGGAGAGGGAGAGGGAACAAGAGCUGCAAUUGGAAGCUGAGCUCGAGCAGGAGGUGGACGAAGCUCAGGCGAACAUGGCGCUGGAGUUGGAGCAAGAAUUGGUGCUCGAUCAAAUGCACGAUCAAGUGGAGGAUCACGAACCUGAAGAGGAAGAGCGCGAUGACAUUGACAACGACGACGAGGAGGAGGAGCAUGAGCAUGAGCUCGAGCUCGAGCAGCAACCUUUGCAGCCGGAUAGUGGGGAGCUGCAGUUGCGAGAGCUGCAACUGGAACAGUUGACGCCAACAACACCGUCACCGCCAUCGCCAUCGCAACAACAACAAACCCCGACGCCCACGCUCUUGUCACCCGCCGGCGUAGUUUCCGCUUCGGAGGAACUGCGACUCUAUCGGCUGGCCGCGGAGGCAGAGAUGGAGGAUGAGGAUGAGGAUGAGGAUGAGCAGCAUCCGCAUCAGCAGCUGGAUCUGGAGCAACAGGAACAGGAAGAAGCCAUGGACGAGGCCAUGUCCGAGCUGGAGCUGAAAGACUCGGGACAGGAAUCGAAUACGGAUCCGCGCAUUUGUGCCGUAAUGACGCAUCCGAUACCCGGGUAUAGCAACACCUUUAUGCUCUGCUCCCUCACCAACAACAACAACUUUACGCCGCUGAACAACGAAGCGCUCUACCUGGACAGCGAGAAUCAUCUGGUCCCUGUGCCCCUUGAGGCAUUGACCGAAUCACCGCGUCUCCCAGAUGCCCAUCCUUUGUCCGCUGUCUUUAUGAUCGAGGGCGAGGCCGUAGCUCAGGUUGUGCAGCCGGAAUCGGCGCACGGAUCGCAGCAGCAAACCGAUGAUGAAGAGGAGGAGGACGACGAAGAGGAAGAGGAGGUAGAACAGAUGGAGCAACAGCAGCAACAGGUGCUAGAAGUGCAGCAUGCGGCAAUUGUGUUGCCACCGGAUCAAGUCGGUGAUCAGGUGGAAAUGCUGGGCACCAUGACACCGCUCAGUCAGCCCGAUUAUGCCAUCUCGAUGGCACCACAAAGGCAGGAGAACACCGCAGAUGAUGACGAUGGGAAUGAGGAUGGAGACGGUGAUGAGGAGGAGAUGACGCCACAGGAGGUGUAUCAGCUGCAGUCGAAUGUGCUGCAGCUGAGCGUGAACGGACACCACCUGGAGCUGACCACCGAGGUGCUGCUGAACAUUGCCGAGCAACAGGACGACAUCGUUAUCGAGAUCGAUGGCGGCGGCCGGGCGAUGCUCCAUGCCAGCGACAUACUGCAGGCGGCCAAGAACUAUCUGCAGGAACGGGAUCUGCAGCUGGUCAACGUCGAGGAUAUGUCGCUCGACGACGAUGACGAUGUCGUCGAUGCUGUCGGAGGUGUCGGAGGUGGAGGUGCGCCAGCAACGGAUCUGCUUGCCGAGGCCCUCGCUGGCAGCGAUGUGGUCGAUGUCGUUGAUGUGGCCAACGCGGGCGUUGGACUGCUUCACAUUGAUACGCGACAACAGCAGCAGCAACAGCAGCUGGUCACUGGCGGAGGAGGAGGAGGAGCAGGAAUCGAUGCUCCCCAUCCACAGCCACCACCACCACCGAGCAUGGACUUCAUUCAUCAUCAUCAGGCGGUGGUCAAUGCCCAUCUGACGCCACCGAUCACCGCACGCACCAACGAAACGAAUGCGCUGCUCGAUCAGACACCGAUCAUGUCAACCCUGGAGAAUCCCAGCGCUCCAGGCCUCCAAUUGCGUCGCGUCUCGCCGCUGGCCGAGGGCAACAACCUCGACGACAGUUUGGCCGUCAUCGGUGUGACCAACGGCGGCAAUAGCGGUGUGCCCACCUCCCUCGAACUUCCCAUCACGGUGACCAAUCCGGCCAUUGCUCCACGUCCGCCCGGGGUCAACGACCUGGUCAAGUUUGUGCCCUUCCAGUAGAGACGGGACGGGACGGGGAAACCAGAAACCAGAACCCUAGGAAUAAUACACCUUUAGCUAUAUUUGCAAGUUGUAAUUGCUGCUUUUUUUUUUUUUUUUUUUUUAAGAAAUUCGCGCCGUCUUUCUCUCUCUCUCUCACUCUCUGUCGUACGUUUUUUUUUUUUGUUUUAUUUUUUUGUUUAACAUUAAUGAAAGAAGUUUAAAGAGGGGACGAACAAAUGUAAAAUAGUUUUAAGGAUUCGACAAAACUUAAGAAUUUGACAAGAUUUAGGUUAAGAACUUACAAAUAUACAUAUAUACAUUGUAUAAUUAAAACAAUACAUAAUAUAUGAGAAUAUAGCUCGUAAGAAAACCAAUGGAGAACAACAGAGACGACAAGAGAGCAAGAGAAAGAGAAGGCGACAGCGACAGCGAUCCGAAGAAUUACAAGUAAUAAUUAUAAUAAAUAAUAAUCAUACGUGUCUAAGAUAUGAAUGUUGUCAACUAAACAAACAAAAAAAACACAACUGAAAGAAUUUUUUUUUUUUUUUUGUUUUAAACUUAAAAAAAAGAAUACCACAAAAAACUACAACAAAUGCCUAUAAAAUACAAAUUGUAAGCAAAUUCAACAACAACAACAAAAAAAGAAAAUAAAAACAGAAAAACUAAAACUACAUUUUAAACUAAAGAAAUGCAAUGGAAAUUGCAUAUAAAAAAUAAACGAUGAUGCAACUGAGAAA